UGUAAAGCAGAAGUAGUAGACGGAGCUCCGCCUCCUCCUCCUCUUCUUCUUCCUCCUCCUGCUCUGUGUUUACCAGCCGACCACACAGACCAAAGGCUGUGUUUGCAGACACACACUGCCCAUGGGAUCACACUGAGCGACAAAGCUAGCGAUGUGGGCUGAAAAAGUGGGCAAAGAGUUGGGCAACCCAACACGGUCAGUGGUGGGAUGGCUGGUGAGUAGGUUUCUCAAAGCCCACAACCGGAUCCUUGAGGAAAGCGCUGUGCAGCUGAGUCGGAUCCAGCCUGGGGAUACAGUGCUGGAGCUGGGUCACGGCCCGGGACUGGGUCUGCAGUCAGCAGCCAAACUGCUCACAGAGCCCACAGGCCGCCUUAUAGGGGUGGACUACUCAGAGUACAUGCAUCAGAUGGCAAGUGAGCGACUGAAGGAACUUGUGGCCAGUGGGAAAGUGACCCUCCACCACUGUGAUGUAGCAGCAAUGCCCCUGGCAGACAGCACUGUGGAUAAAGUAUUUCAUUGCAAUUGCUACUACUUCUGGCCUGACCUGAGGAAGGGAGCCACAGAGAUACACCGGGUAAUGAAACCAGGAGGCCUGAUGGUGACCACGAUGAGGCUGGACUCUGUGGCUGCUUUGGCCAGAAAACGAGUGAUGCCAGGGGAGAACUGGCAGCCGGAUGCCUACAUGGCAGCUCUGAGAGACUCUGGCUUCACUGACGUCAGAAUGGAAGACAGACGGCACAAACUCAUUACUUUACAGGCUAUCUAUGCAACGGCCUGAAAAUGACACUGAAAUCAAACUGAAGGUGAGAGAUUGUGUGUAUUCUGAUUUGAAAUGCUUAAAUGACAGCAAAUCAAACACAGAAAUAAAGUGAAAUACAAUACACUUUCUUAGUUGCAUUUGCUUUUUAUGUAUGUAUUCACUGUAUCAUAAUAAAAAAUGAAAAACAUGUUAAUGCUUUCUAAUGUAAAAUGAAUUAUCCCCUUGUUUUUCAUAACUUAAUUCCAUUGUGACAUGAAUUUCCCAUUCCACAUUAAAAUCAAAUCACAGCACAUAAAAAAAAAACAAAGUGGAGAGGUGUACCUCACUGAAUGU